AUGUCAGCGUACGAGAAGAAGACUCUGAUCCCGCCGCUCAACUUCUCUAUGGUAGCCUCGGGCGUGUACCGCUCUGGCUUCCCCAACCGGAAGAACCAUGCGUUUCUUCAGCAACUCGGUCUCAAGUCUGUGUUAUAUCUGUGUCAUCAGGAGCAUCAACCGGAGAACGUGGGUUUCUUCAACAAGAACAACAUCCAGGUGUUCCAGUGUCCCAUUGACGGCAACAAGGAGCCGUUUAUCAGCAUCAACCCGGAUGCAAUGGCUGAUGCGCUACGUCACCUCCUUGACGUGAGGAAUCACCCGAUCUUGGUGCACUGUACGAAAGGAACGCAUCGGACAGGUUGUGUGGUCGGGUGCAUGCGCAAGAUGGAGAACUGGUCGCUGACUUCAAUAAUCGACGAGUAUUGCCGCUUUGCUGGCCCGCGCAUGCGUCUGCUUGAUCAGCAGUUCAUCGAGUUCUUUGCGCCAACGAUCAAGUACGACGAGAGGCAAAAGCCCAAGUGGCUGUUUUAA